GUGUCUGAGUGGCUGGGCUUUUCCAUUUCCUGGUGUAUUUUUAGCAGAAAAUUUUGUGAAUGAAGAGGAAGAAACAGAAUUGGUGAACCUGAUGGAUAACAAUGAGUGGAAACCUUCCCAGUCUGGUCGAAGGAAACAGGACUAUGGCCCAAAGGUGAACUUUAAAAAGCACAAGUUGAAAGUGGGAUGUUUCAGUGGCCUACCAAGCUCCAGCCUCUUGCUUGUGGACCGAAUGGCCCAAUACAGUGUCUUGGAAGACUUCCUUCCUGUGGAACAAUGUAACCUAGAUUACAGACCAGAACACGGCUCUGCCAUUGAUCCGCACUUUGAUGACUGGUGGCUGUGGGGCAAACGCUUGGUCAGCAUUAAUCUGUUGUCUGAAACCAUAUUAUCGAUGACCUGUGAUUCAGAGGAUUUUCUUCAGCUACACUUGACUGAAAUGCUGCACAAUGCUCAGCAAAAUGAACUGAUAAAUGGUAAUUCAGAAAGCAUUUUUAAUUUCCACAGCGAUACUUCAGGUCAUUGCAAAGGUCAAAGAUCUGUACCUUACAAUGAAAUAGAGAUAGCAAUUCAUGUGCCAAGGAGAUCUUUAAUUGUUUUGUAUGGAAAUGCACGAUAUAAAUGGAAACAUGGAAUUUACAGACAAGACAUCAAUUCAAGACGAAUUUGCAGUACCUUUAGGGAGCUAUCAGAAGAGUUUGGCGAGGGAGGGAAACAAGAGGCGCUGGGGAAAGAGCUCUUGGAUAUUGCAUUAAGCUUUAAGGGUGUUCCUGGAUAGUAUUACUGCUGAAGCAUCAAAAAAGAGUAGCUCUGGGAUAUGUACAUUUAAAAACUUGGCUUAAGUUAUUUUAUUCCAUCUCCCUAUUGUGCAGCCUGGUUUUAAAUAAUUGCCUCCAGGCUUAUUUAAAAAUGACUUAGAAGUAAAAGGUUCAUGAAUUUUGUUUGAGUUUUUCUACUGCUCCACUGUUCUCCAUGCGAGAUCAUAUACCCUCAAUCACACUAAAAUUGAGUACACCAUUGGAGGACAUUAUGGUAUCAAAAUCUUGCCUUGAACAUACUCUUAGGCGGUCCUUUGAGAUUGAGGAUGAUUUGUUUCCGCUUCAGUUUGAUAGGUUCUGAGAUGGCUGAUGAGGUCACUGUGGGGCAGAAGGUGCCUGACUGGAUGAGCAAGUGGGUAGUUUGAAAACUGUCCUAUUCCUGCCCCUUACCCUGGUCUGUUUUGUGCUCCAAACACUCUCAAGCCAUCCUGAAUGCACCUUCUCCAUUUUAAGGGUCAUGGGCCAGGGAUUCUCAUGAGUCAUUGGGGCUUUCAGAACAUCCUUGAAAUUUUUCUUCUUCCCACCCAGUAAUCUCUUGCUGUAACAGCUUGGAACUUGGUAUCUGCUUAAGACUCCAAUGUUGGCCUUGUGAGUGCUGUGGCCUGCCCACUGUAGCCAGCUUGGAGGUAAUCUGGGCCUCAGUGCUGGGGAACUAGUUCAGCAAUGGAAUUUUUGGAAAUUCUGUUGCCAAAUAAUUUUCAGUUUAAAUUGAUUUCAAUCCUGUUCGCUCCGUAUUUCAGCUCUCUAUCUUAGUUGCCAAUUUAAGGACAAUGAAAAUAAGUCAAGUGUAAAUCUGGUUUUAAUAUUGCAACUCCAUGAAAUUGCAUCUUUCUAUUUUGGGUGACAUUUUUUGUUUCUUGAAAGACUGAUUUCUUAUCCAGAAUAAAUUGGCAAAUUAUAUAUAUGAGGUCUAUAUAUUCAUGAAGGUAAAGAAAAUAAGCUAAAUAGAUAAUCCUAUCCAAGUUUGCAAUGGAUCCAAUAAUUCCUUAUCAUUUGACUAACAAAUUUUUCAUUACCAGGAUUACAGUGCAGGUCUUUGACUAAAAUUAAUUUCAAAUUACUGGAAAUGGUUUCGGCCAAGACCGAUAGUUUGUACAAUCUGAUACCAUUUGUGAUUAAUUAAAUGGAGGAGAUGAGACAUGAGUAUCUCUGUACUUAUACAGUUUGCAUGUGGGGAAUGUGUGGACUGUAUUGGGAUCUGUCCUAGCAGGAACAAAUUGUUAUGUAAUUUAUGUAAUUUCUCAAUUUAUCUAAUUUCUCAAAGUUCUUUUGGUAGCAUCUAGACCAAAAAUUCUUGGGAUUUGGUCCAGCUUAAAUUAAUGGGAGGGAUAUUGUCUCUAUACACGGUGAACAGCUCUACUGUUCUUCUACUUUGGACUGUCCCUGACACAAGAUGAUUGAUGCCUACAAGGGGCAUGGGGUAAAAGGAGUUCAAAUUUCUCUGCAUUUUUUUCAACAAACUAAAGCACUUAAAUUCCUAACAGCUAAUAUAAAUAUGGAUUUAAUGGGAGGUGAGGGGAGUGCAAACAAAAUUGUGCAGAUGCUAAAAAUCUAAACUAAAAUUAGAAAAUGCUGGGAACACUUGCAGGUCAGGCUAAAGAAAGAGAAUUAAUUUGAAACAUCAAUGCUUUUGACAAAAUUGAAUCAUUUUGAUUUGUAAAGUUACAAGGCCUGGGAAAAGAAAAUAGGUCUUUCUUUGGAUGGAAAACAAGAGAUAAUCAACUGACAAGUUUUCUCUAUCACCAUUACAUAUCCGUGAAUGAUAUAGCAAACCGCACCACAAAUUUCAAACUUUUUUCCUCAGCCAGGAUUCCUGUCUCCUUAAUCCACUGCUAGAGAGGGCUCCAUCCACUUCCCACACUUCCACCCUUGCCAGAUUUCUUUUUGCCAUAUAAUGGUGUCAUCGCCUUCCGAGUCACCGGUCUCUACGUUCCACAACUGCCUGAAUCUUUCUUUCAUCAAGCACAUCUGCCUAGAAACUAGAACCAUUUGCAAAUUUUUUGCACAUAAAGGUAAUUUGGCUCAAAUUAGAUCAUGCUUAUGUUUUGUUUCUCGAUCAAUUAACAGCUGUCAGAAAACUGGGUACUUAUAAACACAAUUUACCUUAAUGCAUCCGGCCAAUAUCAGCUGUACAUGAUGUUAUGCAUAGUGCCCAUUUUUGCACUUACCAAAAGAAAUCGUCGAUUAAAGGUGCAACCCAUAACGUGCACUUUUCACUCAUAAUAAAACAGAGCAAAUCCCACAGCAAGUAUGCAGAGAUGCAAGUAAAAGAGUCCCGACUUGUAUGUAAACAUUUUAUCCACAGCCUCUGACUGACUCAUCUUUUAUGCUCCACCUUUUGUGGAUAAACAUCACUGAUAAAAAUCACAGUACCACUUCAGUGCAAGGUUCUGCAAUCAUUGACCCCACGUUGCGUCUGUAUCUCAGUGAUUUGGGACACUCGUGGCAUAGGGUUGUUUGGGCCUGUCUAUCGUGUGCUGAGACCCAAAGGACAACACCAUGUUUUCCUUUACCUCCAUGGCAGCCUUUUAUGUUGCUGUACUGUGGCUGUUAUGAAAAGUGUUCCUUAGGUCUGACUCACAGCAGUCAGCAAAGCCAUGACAGGCAAUCUAACAAGCAUUUGCUGCUGAAAGGCAUACAGGUAAAGUAUCUGCACAUGAUUCAGGGUGGAAACAACAUCAAUUUCAUGAUUUUGUUUUGUAAUAUAUCUUUUCAGGGUUAGGCACAGUGCUGCACACAGUACUUGUUUAGCACACCAAAAAAUGGUGACCUCUAAUUUCUAGACAAUCCAACCCAAUUGGUUCCGUCUGAUAUCUCACUCUAUUCCAUUACCUUAUCAUGUUCACAUGCAGUUUAAUGCCUUCCAUUUCACCUCUUUCCUUACCACUGUCCAGUCCACCAAACAAUAAUUCUAGCUGAGACAGACUUAUUAGUACAUUGUAUUUGCAGCUCCAUGUGCUUUCUUCCACAUUGUGAAUGCUGACAUACCCUGCAGAUGUGACCCUGAGCUUCCAAUCACUUGCCACUUUAGUUCCUCACCUCUCUCCCACUGAUUUCUGCCCUUGACUACCAACACUUUGUCACUGAAGUUCAUUGUAAGCUUAAGUAAUGGCACCUCAUCUAUCAGGCAUUAAGUACAAGGUUAUGCAGGCACUAAACAGUAUUCUCACUUUAACUUUGACAAACUUUAUACAUAUCUGUCUCCUCUCUAAGCAUAGAGAUUGGAAUGCAAAAGGGAAAGGAAAUCAGAUAGGUUUGGUGUUAGGGGUGAGGCAGUUCAUGGCCCAUAGCACAGUCUUCAGCCAUGGAGUCUUAGGCUGACACAUUCUUGGGCCAUCCAAGCUAGAUUUUCCCUACUUUCACCUCUGUGCAACCAUUUGCAGCUCAGAACCCAUACCUUGCUUUGCUAAUCUCAUUACCACCUUCUCAUUCACCAACAUUCCCCACCUUCUUCCAUCCAAACAAGGACCAUUGUAUUCCCACCUCUUUCUGGCUUUGUAUCUGCAUAAUAGCUUUUACCUACAUUUGAUCAAAGUCGUGGACUCAAAUAUUUGUGUUUCUCUACUGCUGAGAUUGAGAGGUUCAAGUUCCUAGGAAUGAACAUCACCAAUAGCCUGUCCUCGUCCAACCACGUAGACGCUACAGCCAAACGAGAAAGCUCACCAGUGCCUCUACUUUCUCAGGAGCAAUUUGGCAUGUCCUCUUUGACACUCACCAACUUUUAUCAAUGUACCAUAGAAAGCAUCCUAUCUGGAUGCCUCAUGGCUUGGUAUGGCAAUUGCUCUGCCUGGGACUGCAAGACACUGCAAAGAGUUGUGGCCACAGCUCAGCACAUCAUGGAAACCAGCCUCCCCUCCAUGGACUCUGUCCAUACUUCUCGCUGCCUCGUUAAAGCAGCUGGCAUAAUCAAAGACCCCACCCACCCAGGACAUUCUCUCUUCUCCCCUCUCCCAUCAGGCAGCAGAUACGAAAGCCUGAAAGCACAUACCACCAGGCUCAAGGACAGCUUCUAUCCCGCUGUGAUAAGACUACUGAACGGUUCCCUAGAACGAUAAAAUGGACUCUUGACCUUACAAUCUACCUCGUUCUGACCUUGCACCUUAUUAUUGACCCACACUGCA